UGUGGUUCAGGAUGCGGAAUUAACGCAUCCGCUGCGUCCGAACCCGAACUGAAUAUGGCGAGCCCCGAGAGCGAAAGCGGUUCUUCGGAAAACUUUCAGACAUCCAAAGCAAGCGGAUCGGACCAGCCGGGCGCGAGAUGGGGACCACAGCACGCGGGUGCUCGAGAGCUAGCGGAGUUAUACUCGCCAGGAAAAAGAUGUCAGGAAUGGAUCAGUGUGGUUCUUUGCUUUACCCUCAUGGCCUUUAACUUCUGUUACCUGGUAACAUACUUCCACCUGGGACACACCUGGUACAUCCUCUUGGGCAUAGUAGCAGGGAUCCUGACAGCAGAUUUUGCUUCUGGUUUGGUCCACUGGGGUGCUGACACAUGGGGAUCAGUAGAUAUGCCCAUCUUCGGAAAGGCCUUUAUUCGACCGUUUCGAGAGCACCACAUCGAUCCAACAGCUAUCACACGCCAUGAUUUCAUUGAGACGAAUGGUGAUAACUGUAUGCUAACCAUUAUCCCGCUGGCUAAAAUGGCUGCAAACUUCCUGAUGCUGCCACCCGCGGAGAUCUACCGAAACUACCCUUGGUACUGUUAUGUUUUUGCUUUAGCCAUUUUUGUCACGUUGACCAAUCAGAUCCAUAAAUGGUCGCACACAUAUUAUGGGCUCCCGCGCUGGGUGACGUUUUUUCAGGACUGUCACAUUAUAUUACCACGGAAACACCAUAGAGUUCACCACGUUUCACCUCACGAAACAUACUUCUGCAUUACCACAGGCUGGUUGAACUAUCCACUGGAGAAACUGGGAUUCUGGAGAAGCUUGGAAGAUCUCAUCCAAAGUCUGACCGGAGAGAAGCCCAGAUCUGAUGACCUCAGAUGGGCCCAGAAAACCAAGUAAUGAUCUUCUGCCACUGAACCACCUCCAAUACCUCAGAUCCGCUUGUAGGAGAAUCUUCUGUCCUCCAUCUAAUUCUCCACCCUCGCAAGAGAAAUGGCAAGAUAUCAAAGCCAUCAAUUUUUAAAAAAUGUUGAAAGUAAGAGGGUUGACGAUGUUACUGAAAGCAAUAUUCCUCUCUGCUUACUUCAUUGAUCAAAACAUACACGGUUUCUCGUUGAAAACCUGAGACUUUGGGGAAAUGUUUAAAACUCUUUAAAGUGCAAAAAAGAUCAUUCACAGUGUCAAUACUUGAACAAGCUCUUUUUUUGGAUGACUUUUCUUUAACAUUGAACUGCUGUCAAAGCUUCUGCACUCUUGGGUUUGACCUUUGGGACUGAUCUCUCUUGCUCUCACCUUCUUCUUGUUUGGGGGUACAGGGCUGAGAACCUGUGUCUUCUUUUGUUGCUUGUGUCUUAAUGGACAAAGCAACAUCAUACAGUAUGCAGUCUUACUUCAGUACGCCUUAAAAAAAAUGAAUCGCAGUAAAGAAACUGCUUCUCUUGGCCUCAUCUUCGCACUUAUAUAAAUAUCUGAAAUAACUGUUCAUUGUUAAUACUUUUCUUUUGAAGCACAGUUGCAAAUUCAGAGGUGCUGUAGGCAAGUAGCGGUUGACCGUAAGCGUUGCGUUGUUAGUGUUUUAAGUAGAUCAAUGUUAUGGUCAUUAGUGUUUGUACCUGCAGUGUAAAUACACCACGAGAGCGACGUUGCUGCUUGACUCUCAGAUGUAGAUCCCACGAAAUUCCUCUGUGGUCCUCUUUUAAUCUUGUAUUCAUAAGUAAGCCUGUCCAGAAAAUUAAAACGUACACUCCAUUGCUUGAGAUUUAGUUUUGUAUACGUUGUUACAUUACAGAUGUGCACAGCUAGUUUGAGGUGAAACGUUUAAGGCUAGCAUGUUCUCAUCUAAUACUAGUAUGACAUAUUAGUGGCAGUUAUAGCAUGAUAAACAAGUCUCAUAACAAAAUGCUUGUAAUUUCAUUACAGUAAUGGAAUACACAUUUUUACAUUUUCCAGUAUAAAUUUCUAAUAAUGGUGAACUAGAAAAAAAUUAUUUUACUAUCUAAAAGCAGUUAAAUAGGAGAUAUAAUAAGGAUAAUCUUUAAUAAUAAUAUAUUGGCUUUGCUUUAAAUAUAAGUGUUGCUUUUCAAGCAAUGUAGUUUAGCCAGUAUUCAUUGUGUGUGGUUACCAUUGUAACAAUCCUCCAGUAAGAGUAAAGAGGAAAUGUGCGAGGCUCUGUACCUCCAGAAUUUAGGUUUAUAUAUUGUUUUUGGAUGUGCCAUUUUUUUGUAAUCGGUUUAAUAUUUGUUUUCAAUCACUGUCACAUCCAGUUUACACCAAACGAUUUUAUCAAUGAAAUUCCUACUUUUGAUUAUCUCUUCACUUGUCUCUGCAUUUUCAUGCCAAACUUUGAAAGUCUUGUUACUGUUAGCAACAAUUUGUUUCACUAGGUCAAUGAUAGGUCAGUACGAUAAUAAUACAGAUAGGUCAGCUUCUCUGAACGUACAUUCCUCAGUCCAUGUUGUGAAACUGUUACAAUGAGGUCAGCCAGAACUUCAAAAAUAGACAUGAAGUAAAGUGUUUUGAUCUGAUUCAUUAUGCGUCAUGUGUUACGUGUUCCUUCUCAUCUGAAUUCAGGAAGGUUUGUUCAGUGGAAUAUUGUAGUAUUUUCGACUAAUAUCUUAUAUAUUUCUAUACUAAACGAGAUGCCAAAUUUAUUUUUGCUUAGCUAAUAGGUCUGUGGUGUGUUUGGUGUUAUGUGAAGAGGACACUCCAGUGGAAAGUUUGACUGUACAGGGAAUUUGAGCUUAAACCAAUUUUUUAGAUUCGAUAAAAUGUUCAAUUUUUGUCAUAGGAUUGUAUUUACUUUCAUACAAUUUUAGACUUCUGUGUAUUGAUGAUCAUAUCAUAUUUCAUGUCAAGGUAUAAAUUAUUUAAUUCACAGAUUAAGGACUUCACCAGCGUAAGGGAUUGUUUGUGCCAUGACUGUAAAGCUCUUGAAUUUUGCUUAAGAGAAGAUUCUAGAUUUGUGUGCAAUGCAUAAGGAAAAUUGAUAUUGUGAUAAUAGGUUGAUUGUGUUAUUGAUUGUGUAGAGUGUUAAAGUUAAUUUGAGGCAAGCAAACAAAGAUCUUUCUCUGUUGAUGGUAGGAUAUUGAACUAAUCCCAUUGUGCUUGCUCAAAAAUAUUGUAUUUUCCUUCAGAUAACACAGCUAAGCCAAUCCCUUAUACAGCGGGGACUUGGAGAGAACUUGCCGCAGCUGUUGGGUCAUUUGAUUGAUGACCAUUGGCAUUCACACUUGUUACUGAAUGUUCAUCCUUAGAGAUUUAUUGGGAGAAGCUUUUUAAAACGCAGCGUCAACUGAUUUUGCAAUUCACCUUAAAGUCUCCCGUUCAGUAAACUGACAUUUUCUAGGAUGGCUUUUUGUUAAAAAAUGUUAAUAACGCCUUAAUGCCUUUUUGUUGUUUCCUGUUUUGAAAACUUUUAUGUCAAUAAGUUUGUAUUUAUAAUGAAAUUAAUAAAGAACUUCAGUCUGA